ACCCCCACCCCGCCCAGGGGUUAGCAGUUGCCUACUUUCCCCGCAGUGCGAUCAACCCCUCGUUGGGGCCGCCUUAGUUCUCGGCCGCUCUCGGAGGAUGGCGAUCUGGGAGCCCCUCCAUGGGACCCCUCUCACACUUUGUCACCGGAAUUUUAUUUAUUUUUUAGUUCAUAUUUUAUUUUGCUUAUAGAAGAGAAAGAUAUCCCUUCCGAAGAGGAGGAAGCUUACAGAAGUUUAUAACCUUUCAAAAAGUAAAUAAGUCCAGGCUUGCCUGAUUCUGCCCUACCCGGACUUCCUUAUCCCGUCUGUGGGAGACCCAGGUGCUUUCUCAUUACUCCUCAGAAGGAAACCGCUUUGGAGUUCGUGUAAUUGGGACUUGGGGAUCAGGGAGAAGUUGCCGAAACCUCUCAUACCAGUAACUACUGAAGCAGAAGAUUCUGGAAAAAUCCUUGUCUUGGGGGCACAGGCUAAAACCUGAAGGAUUUUUAAGAUGACCAAGGUUCCAGCCACCAAGAAGCUUCAGAGUUCCCCCAACGCGGGGGCUGUCCGGCCCUUUUAUGCCUCGGAGAACCUAAGGCAGGUCCCAGACAAGCCAAUGAAGAGCAUCAAGUAUAUGGACAAGGAAAUAAUAAACCUCAAAAAGGAUCUUAUACGAAGCCGAUGCAGUGAGAGGCAAAGUGAGACACCCUCUCCCUUCACCUCCAUCUUCUGAAAGCCACCCUUCUCCACCACUACCGGAAUCUCCACCCUGCCCCUUCCAGCAGCACAACUUCAUGGAACUGAUGACUGAGCCCAAGAGGACUCCUGGAAGCUUUUUGAUCCAGUCUGUGAAGAUAGGCCGUGGAUAUUUUGCUAUUCUGAGGGAAGAGACUGCAAAGAAAAAGAAGCAACAACAACUUCAGAAACUGAAAGAGGAGGAAAGAAAUAAAUUCCAGCCAGCCGAAAAGAUCUCAGAAAUCCACUAUGGGGACACCUUAUUGAGCACAUAUGAUGAUGAGAAGUUGAAGACACUGGGAGCUAGAGUCACACAUCGCCCAUUCACUCCCAUCCACAGCUGCAUCAUUUCUCCCUCGCUACCCGAGGCUCACGUCGAGCCCCUCUUCCGCCAGCUCUGUGCUCUCCACUGGCUUCUGGAGGCCCUGACUAUUGACCACACCCACCACACCAUGAAGCCUGUGAUCACCUGCUGGAACCCAAAGGACCCGGGUGGAAGCAAGAGCACCAUUAAAAAAAUCAAUAAGGACAAGUCCAUGGGACAGAAAUGGGAGCAUUUCGUCACAGCGCCAAAGACCAAGAAAUUCAAAAUUCCCACAAUGCGAGUCACCAACCGCAAACCAAGCCGGCGAGGCUCCACACUCAGUCUGAGUCGGGCCAGUGGGGGGUCCUCUCCCCAGAGCAGCAUGAUCUCUGUGAACCCUGGCUCGGAUGAGCCCCCAAGUGUGAACACCCAGGUGACCAGCAGCAAGGACAUUGAGGACAAUGAGUCAUCUUCAACCAAGCCAGAUGAAGAACCUCUGUAUAUGAAUCUGCAGAAGCUCCUGGAGAUGGUUCGGGAAGAUGCCCGGAGGACAGUCACAAUAGAAAAUGGGAUGCAAAGAAAAGCACCCAGCAUCUUGUCAGUGCUGAAACAAAACAAGAGUAAUUCUGCUUAUAAGGAAAUGCAGACCACUCUCAAAUCAAGUGAGAGAUCCAGCAGUACAAGUGCAGAAAGCCACAUCCAACCAGUCCAGAAGAAGUCUAAAAACCGCACUAAUUGUGACAUCAACAUCGACUAUAAGAGUGGGAUGUGUAACACCAUGAGGGCCAAGUUUUACAGCGUAGCCCAGGAGGCUGGCUUCUGCCUGCAGGACAAGAUGGAAAUCCUCAUGAAGCGCCAAGAAGAGAGAGGUAUCCAGAAGUUCCGUGCUUUUGUCCUUGUCUCAAAUUUUCAAAAGGACAUAGCAAAAAUGAGACAUCACAUAUCUGUAGUAAAAGGAGAUGCAGAAGAAAUUGCAGACCACUGGUACUUUGAUCUGUUGUCCAAACUGCCAGAGGAUCUAAAGAACUUCCGCCCCGCCAAAAAGAUCCUGGUGAAACUGCAGAAGUUUGGAGAAAACCUGGACUUGCGGAUUCGACCCCAUGUCCUCCUGAAGGUGCUGCAGGAUCUGAGGAUUUGGGAACUGUGCUCCCCUGACAUCGCUGUGGCUAUUGAGUUUGUGCGAGAACACAUCAUCCAUAUGCCUCAAGAGGAUUACAUCAGCUGGCUGCAGAGCCGGAUCAACAUACCCAUCGGGCCCUACAGCGCCCUGAGGUAGGCUGGGCCUGGGUUGACCAGCUGUCUCAGCGGAGGAGUGUUUGCCUGUAUCAUGUUCCUGUAUCCUGCCUGUGUUCCUGCCUCCUGACUACCCUCAUGGAUGCUCUUUAUGGAUGACCCUUUACAGUAGGGUCAUCUGGAGACUGACUUCCAGCAACAUUUUUAGAGGCGGAUGGUCCCAGGUGGCCCUCCCCUCAAUUCCACACUCCAGACCCAACCUACCAGUCUCUGUUCUUCAAUGAUCCAGCCUGACUCUACCUACUUCCUCUUCAGAUUCCUUCACCCUAUUUACCUUCCUCAAAUACUGGAGAAUAAAAUUGAACUGAAUGUUUGA